GAGAAUCCCCGCCGCAACUGAGGUGCCGGCGCCUGUGAGUGGAGCGCCGCCGCCUGUAAGGGAAGCGCCGCCGCUGGGGAUUGAGCGCCGCCGCCGCUGCAGUCUGAAGCGCCGCCGCUGAUGACUUCCGACGAAGAAGCCGCCGGCAGAGGCAGGGGGAGAGGCCGGCGAGGUCGUGGCAGCCGUUUGCGCGUUCCUAGGCUUAUGGAUCCUUAUUCGAUGAGAUUACCGCCGGCGACAAUUGAUCCAAGUCCGGUCGAUUCGACACUUCUUUGGGGACAUGGCCAACAUCGUAUUGACUCUGUUUGGACAAACGAGGCUGGUGAUCGAUCUUUCCAUGUUCGAGGUACGACCAUUUUAGUACCUUACCGUGAGCUUUAUCGGCCAUAUCUCGAAGCGGCAGGCUUGUUAAGUGUCGUGCCCCUAGUCCCUAUGAACCCCGAUGCGAGUUUGAUUACUGCACUCGUAGAGAGGUGGCGACCCGAGACGUCGACCUUCCAUCUACCGUGUGGUGAGGUCACGAUCACGUUAGAGGACGUUGUUACACUGUCCGGUUUGGCGAUCGACGGUGAUGCCGUCGUAGUUGAUAUACCGGAUGAGGAGUGGUCGGCGAUCUGUUUGCGACUGUUAGGACGGGUUCCUUAUGAUCUUGUAGGCGGGGUCGCUGUUGUUAGGAUUACAUGGCUGAGGGUUGAAUUCAGCCAUCUGCCGGAUGAUGCAUCACAGGAGGUUAUAGAGCAGUUUGCACGAGCUUAUGCUCUAUCUCUGAUUGAAGGUGUACUUUUCCCGGAUCGGUCUGGAUCUACGGUGCACCUACAGUACCUACUUCUGAUUGAGGAUUGGGAGAGGGCUGGAGGGUUCGCCUGGGGAGCUGCUGUUUUAUCCUACCUGUACCGUGAGAUGGGUAGGUCGACUUUGCACAUUUCGCAUACCGGCACUUCUCUAGCCGGUGACCUUGGUGGAUGGGUCGCCCUACUGCAGUUCUGGGUGUGGGAGCGAUUCCCACAUCUGGCACCUCGAGAUUCAGAGACGAGGGCACCGGCCACCGAGGAUGCACAUCCACGUGGUCUUCGAUGGCUUUCGGCCAGCAGUCGUCAGUAUGGUGACCAACUAUUCCAGUACAAGCUGUGGUUUGACGCGAUGGACACCGUGGUGUGGCAACCUUACCGUGAGAGAGCACUUCAUCUCAGAGGUAGUGUGAUACAGUCUGAUACAUUUCGAGCAGUAGUGCCACUUAUCUGCUUUUCAUCGGUGAUGUGGCAUCAUCCAGACCGCGUGCUCCGGCAGUUUGGCAUGAGGCAGCAUGAGCCUCAUCAGCCACAUCCUGAGGCUGAGGUUAGGUUUUUAUUUCGCCAGGCUACUCGUGGGCCAUCGCGUGGGCAGCAGUUGGUACACGCCUCCAGAGAGUCGCUUGAUUUCUGGAACCGUCGACACGAGUUUGUAGCGACAUCUUCAUACACUGAUGAUGAGUUAGUCUACCACUCGGAGCAUAUGGAGUGGUAUAGAGAUGUCACCAGACGUUCCGGCACACGGAGAGGAGCUGUAGCGGAGGCACUGUACGACACUAUCGAGCAUGCUGAGGUGAGUUUGCGUGACGGUGGGAGGGCUGGAGGACUGACCCCUGACCAGUGUGAGGACUUGGCCAACUUUAUGGCAUCCGGGGUUGCUACUCUAGGGUUUGAGCAGCGUAGAUACCCUGAUCUCACAGUACCUGUACAGCCCCAUUAUGCGGAGCCUGUCAUGACUGCCUGGCCAGAGCGUACUGAUCCGACACCGGACUGGGUCGCCCCAGAGCCACAGUUCAGACAGGAGCGUAGGCCAUGUAGA